UAUUAAACAUAAGCGUAACUAAGUAAAGUUAAGUAAGACUAUGUAAACAGCAUGUGAAUAUUUGCCUAACUGACUGAAAGCAAACAAACUCAGUACUGGAGUUCUCGCUGAACAAUGGAAUUCAAGUCAAUGUGUGGAUACAAAAGAAAACAUUUCUAAUUAAACAGACCAAAGAAUUACCAUAAUAGCAUGGAUACUGUCAUUUGUUAAAAUCGGAUUAAAAAUCUGAAAAGUUUCCAUUCACAUGACGUAAAUUGAAAGUGUAGCAGAGCUAUAAAUGCGGCUUACCAGAUUCCAUAGCCGCACAUUUCCCCAAAGUCUCCCGAGGAACCACAUACAAAAUGAAGCUCGUCGCACUCACAUUGGUCGCAGUUGUGGCCAUUUGCCUGUAUUCCGUUGAUUGCGCCUCUUCCGCUUCAGGAUCAGGAGCAGCUGCUUCCAGCGGAUCCGGAAGUGCCAGUGGAAGCGGAGCUGCCAGUGGAAGCGGAAGUGGAUCUGGAACAGGAACGGGCACGGGAACAGCCACCACGACUACGUUGGCUCCCACGACCACCACCACCACAACCACCACAGAUGCUCCAGUGACGCACAAAAGAGUCCAUCGGAGAAGGCGCAUCAUCAUCCGGAAAAUCGUACGGAGGCGCGCAGGCGAACGAAGGCGUCGUGGAUAAAAAAAGAGCAAUGUUUUUCAAUGCAAAAUAAAUUAAAAGCAAAAGUUA